AUGGCUUUAUCAUCAAUACCUUACUUAAAAGCUGUUGAAACAACUCUAACCGCAUGCCUAUGUAUAACAAAUUUUCCAUCAGAAUAUGUUGAAAAACAUGAUAAACCCGAAAUUGAAACACAAUAUAGUUUGGAAAUAAUAGCACCUAAUCCAAUGAUAGUGACAAAAAAUGAAAAGGAAAGAGUAAAAUUUGAAGUAUCAUUCAAUUCAAUAAGGCUUAGUAUUUUGGUGAAACAAUCUGAUGAUGUAGAAAAAAUACUGUGCCGACGAUUUAUGAGACAUAUGAUGCUAAGAGCUUCUACUGAUUUCCCAGUUUUAAGAAAAAAAGUCGCUCAUUCUGAUUACAGUAUUACAUUUUUACUUACGAAUAAACACAUGAUUGAUUAUAAUAAAAGGAAAUUAGUAGAUUUCAUCAUCUAUUUUAUGGCCGAAGUUGAUAAAGACAUUAAUGAAAUGAAAAUCAGUUUAAAUUCAAGAGCCAGGUUAUGUGCUGAAGAAUUCCUUAAAAUGUUUUAA